GGAGUGGGCUGGCGCAUGUCCACUGGCUUGUCCUUGGGCGAGCAUGAAGGCCUCUCUGCCUUUGUCUGUGGUGUGGCGUGCCCAGUCAAAUUCCAUAAGGCUAAGAGGUGUACUGAAGCUGUGGCUGUGUGAGCUGUGGCUUCUGCUGAUGAGCUCAGGUUUGAACGCCAAACUUCCGCUUGAAGAGGAUGUAGACUUUAUCAAUGAAUAUGUGAAUCUCCAUAAUGAGCUCCGAGGCACUGUCUUCCCCCCAGGGGUUAACCUACGCUUCAUGACUUGGGACGUAGCUUUAUCGAGGACUGCUAGAGCAUGGGGUAAAAAAUGUGUGUUUGAGCGUAAUACUCAUCUAGAUAAAGUCCAUGAGUCCCAUCCAGUAUUUACUGACAUUGGUGAAAACAUGUGGGUUGGUCCUGAAAAGGACUUUACUGCAACCAAUGCUAUCAGAAGUUGGCACGAAGAAAGGAAGAGUUACAAUUACGUCAAUGACACUUGCAUCGAGGACGAGGACUGCUCUCAUUAUAUUCAGCUUGUGUGGGACCACUCCUACAAAGUCGGUUGCGCUGUUACUCCAUGUGCAAAGGUUGGAGCUAUCACAUACGCAGCACUUUUCAUAUGUAACUAUGCACCAGGAGGAACACUGACAAGGAGGCCUUAUCAGGCAGGGCAGUUUUGUUCUCGGUGCACUAAUGAAGAAAAAUGCAUAGACUUCCUCUGCGGUAAUGCAGACCGUGAUGAAGCUGCGUACUACCAAUUCUGGUACCCACCUUGGGAAACGCCCCGCCCACUUGUGUGUAAUCGACUGUGCUUCUUUGUCCUCUUCAUGAGACUGGCAUCUUUGGGACUAUGUGUCAUCAUCGUUAUGAUAAUACAGAACCGGUUUCCAGUUGUCUUAACGGAAUCUCCGAUGAUAAUGUCAGUAGAGGAGGGCGUGAACACUGAAGAUGAAAUAGUGGUGGAGGAGGGAGAAGAAGAGAUUCAGGAAGAGGAAGAUGAACAAUAGGAAGACAAUAACCCCGGAGGAAGGAGAGGAAGAGACACAGGAAGAAGAUAACCCAAUAGAAGCCAAACCCCCGUAGGAAAAGAAAAAUCCCAAAACACUGAAAAAUAGAAUGCUGAACUUUAAGAACAAAAAAUAUAAACCGCAAAUUAUAAUAUUUCUCAUUCCUUUUCUAUACUUAUCUAACAAAUUUAAAUUGGAAAACAAAAAUGGUGUGAAUACAAGACUUGCAUUGCACAGAAAAUAUUAAGCUCUUAAAGACCCAGAUAAUAGCAAAAACAACAACAACCAAAAAAGUCUUAAAAUGUUAUUAUGGUAUCUGAUAAAAACAAGAAAUAAUUCAUAUUUCUAUCUCUGUGUAAAGUUUUUAUAUGGGUUUAAAAGUAUCUAAAGUAUUACGUUAAAUGAACUUGUUCACACAAGACACUAAGGAUCACUCUGAGUUUAGAAUAGGCAUUUGAUAAAUAUUAGCUUGUUUUUAUUAUUACUGUUAUAGUUGUCAGUAGUGGUUGUAAUUUCCAUGUCAUAUCAAAACACCAAAUGCUUUUUAUAUUUUAUGUAUAUUUGGAAAAUAGUUUACUUGAUGGUAAUCCCUAGUGUCAGAAGAUAAAUUGUAAAAUUUCUACUCCAUGGCCAGUAAUUUAUCAGACUUUCCAUAAUAUUUGUCAAGUAGGUCCAAGAAAUAAAAAGAAAAAUCAUUCAUUGUCAGUAAGCAAUACAGUUGCUACUACAUUUAUAUAACAGAGUUCAAGUUAUCACCUAUAUGUUUAUUACUCAGUAUGUUUAAUAGAAGUCGUGGGAAAAAUAAGUUGACAUACGAAUAGUAAUAUUGAUCAAUUCAUUGAAUAAAAUGUUAGCCUGGCAAAAUACACAAAA